UGCUUAGAACUAUGUAUAAUCAUAUUUGUAAGUCAAAAGUUAUGUAUCUGAGUUCAUAUGGGAGCAUAUGGACUUUGUUUACUUUAGAUGACUUGGUUGUAACAGUGUUAGUACUAACCCUGCCAUGUGGAGGCUGUAUUUUAGCCUAGCCAGCUCUCACUGUGAGUUGUUUACAUGCUUCAUAAUGGUGCUGUAUUAUAACUGUGACAUCUUGGAAGACUGUCCUGCGUCUGACUGUCUGAACAAUCCUCCUCAUACUUAAAAGAGAAGACUGGAUCAGCAGAGACCCUCACUUUUGAAAUCACCUCUAUAAAAGAGCCAGCACAUUGUCUCUUGCACUCUUUUGCCUAUUUGGAUUAUUCAUUUUUUUUUGUUUGUUUUUUGUGGAGUUUGCCUGCACUUGAUGAUACAAUGGAACUUGGAGUGUUUGGCUGACACGUGCAUGGAAUGUCAAAGUCGUCAGGAGAGGAGGAAGUCCACAGCAAGAAUUCCCGACUUCUGGUGGGCUUUGAGGAUCAUGAGUGUAAAGAAGAACACAACAGAGACAUGAGGAACAAUUCAGAUGCUUACGAUGAAGAGGAGGAUGAGGAUGAUCUGGCAUCAGAGCGUCAGAUCAGUGUGGGAAUCUGCUCCAUGAUGAAGAAGUCCAACUCCAAGCCAAUGACCCAGAUCAUGGAGCGACUUUGUAAGUUUGAGUACAUAAGUGUGGUCAUCUUCCCAGAGGAUGUCAUACUUAAUGAACCAGUGGAGAAGUGGCCAGUGUGUGACUGCCUUGUCUCCUUUCAUUCCAAAGGAUUCCCUCUGGACAAAGCUGUGAGUUAUGCCAAACUAAGGAACCCUCUUCUCAUCAAUGAUCUCAACAUGCAAUACUUCAUUCAGGACAGGAGGGAAGUAUAUCGCAUUCUGCAGGAGGAGGGCAUUGACCUGCCACGCUAUGCUGUGUUGAACCGAGACCCCGACAGACCAGAAGAGUGUAACUUGGUAGAGGGAGAGGACCAUGUUGAAGUGAAUGGGGAGGUUUUUCAUAAACCUUUUGUGGAGAAGCCUGUCUCUGCAGAGGACCACAAUGUGUACAUCUACUAUCCAACCUCAGCUGGUGGAGGCAGCCAGCGACUCUUCAGGAAGAUUGGGAGCCGCAGCAGUGUGUAUUCCCCUGAGAGCACUGUUCGUAAGACUGGAUCUUACAUUUACGAGGAAUUCAUGCCUACAGAUGGUACAGAUGUAAAGGUGUACACAGUGGGUCCUGACUAUGCUCAUGCAGAAGCUCGGAAGUCCCCUGCUCUGGAUGGCAAGGUGGAGAGAGAUAGCGAAGGGAAGGAGAUCCGAUACCCAGUUAUGCUCACUGCCAUGGAGAAAUUAGUGGCACGAAAAGUGUGUCUGGCCUUCAAGCAAACAGUGUGUGGUUUUGACCUCCUACGAGCGAAUGGACACUCCUUUGUCUGUGACGUAAAUGGUUUUAGCUUUGUAAAGAACUCCAUGAAAUACUAUGACGACUGUGCCAAAGUCCUGGGGAACAUGAUAAUGCGAGAGCUGGCUCCUCAGUUCCACAUACCCUGGUCCAUUCCCAUGGAAGCGGAGGACAUCCCUAUAGUCCCCACUACCUCAGGAACCAUGAUGGAGCUCCGCUGUGUGAUUGCUGUGAUUCGCCACGGAGAUCGCACCCCCAAACAGAAGAUGAAGAUGGAAGUAAGGAAUGCCCUGUUCUUUGAUCUGUUUGAAAAGUAUGGUGGCUACAAAACUGGCAAGCUCAAGCUCAAGAAACCAAAACAGCUUCAGGAAGUUCUGGACAUUGCCCGUCAGCUUCUGGCUGAAUUGGGUCAGCACAAUGACUGUGAGAUUGAGGAGAAGAAAUCCAAACUGGAGCAGCUGAAGACGGUCCUGGAGAUGGAGUCCAGCCUGAACGAUAAUCAGUAUGGCCAUUUCUCUGGGAUUAACCGAAAAGUGCAGCUGACCUAUCUGCCCAAUGGCCAGCCAAAAGCAUCGAGCGAGGAGGAAGACUCUCUGAAGGAAGGUCCGUCACUGCUGCUGGUGCUGAAGUGGGGAGGGGAGCUGACCCCAGCAGGCCGUGUGCAGGCAGAGGAGCUGGGCCGGGCUUUUCGCUGCAUGUAUCCUGGAGGGCAAGGUGAUUAUGCUGGUUUCCCUGGUUGUGGCUUAUUGCGUUUACACAGCACUUACCGCCAUGACCUCAAGAUCUAUGCCUCAGACGAAGGCCGUGUCCAGAUGACCGCUGCUGCAUUUGCAAAGGGUCUUCUGGCACUGGAGGGCGAGUUGACCCCCAUCUUGGUGCAGAUGGUAAAGAGUGCAAACAUGAAUGGCCUGCUGGACAGCGACAGCGACUCGCUCACAGACUGCCAGCAGCGCGUCAAAGCACGGCUCCAUGAGAUCAUGCAGAAGAACCAGGACUUCACUGAGGAGGCUUACCAAAAGCUUGCCCCAACUGGCAGUCCCUCUUUGGUCAACUCUAUGAAAAUUAUAGGAAAUCCUGUUAAGACAUGUGACCAGGUUUAUGCCCUCAUCCAGAGCCUCACUUGUCAGAUCCGCAAACGGUUGGAGGACCCCAAAUCUGCAAAUUUGCAGCUGUAUCACAGUGAGACUUUGGAGCUCAUGCUGCAGCGAUGGUCCAAACUGGAGAGGGACUUCCGCAUGAAGAGUGGCCGCUAUGACAUCAGCAAAAUCCCAGAUAUCUAUGACUGUGUGAAGUAUGACACGCAGCACAACAGCUCUCUCAGCCUGGACAACAUGCUGGAACUCUUCCGACUCUCACGGGCACUUGCUGACAUCAUUAUACCUCAGGAAUAUGGCAUCAGUAAACUGGAGAAACUGGACAUUGCCAGUGCCUACUGCUUGCCCCUGAUUAAGAAGAUCCAGCUGGACCUUCAGAGGACACAUGAGGAUGAGGCCGUCAACAAGUUACAUCCUCUGUGGUUCAGGUACUCGCGAGGCGUGAUGUCUCCGGGUCGCCAUGUGCGGACCCGGCUUUAUUUCACCAGCGAGAGUCACGUCCACUCCCUGCUCAGCAUCUUCCGUUAUGGAGGACUCCUCAAUGAGGAGAAGGACGAGCAGUGGAAGCAGGCCAUGGACUACCUCAGUGCUGUAACUGAACUCAACUAUAUGACUCAGAUAGUCAUUAUGCUGUAUGAAGAUAACAAUAAAGAUCCAUCUUCAGAGGAGCGUUUCCACGUAGAGCUGCACUUCAGUCCUGGGGUCAAGGGCUGCCAAGAUGAUGAGAACGCACCAAUGGGCUUUGGAUUUCGCCCUGCCUCUGUGGAGAACCAGGAGAAGCAGGAAGACCUCGGUAGUCUGGAGGAUUUGUCUAAGGAUGAGCCUGAUCGAGCUAUUCUUACUGAGCCCCUAAGCAUCCACAGGAAGUCCCCACUGAUUCGCAGUCGCAAAGCUGGCUCCAUGGAGGUCCUGUCUGAGAGCAGCACAUCAUCUCGCAAUACAACCUAUCGUCUCUUUCCCUCUUGUUCCCGCCAGUCUGACAUCAAGUCCAGUGGCCUUGGCUCUCUAUUCACGGGCCUCUUCAGCGCCUCCUUCCGGGGGGUAUCCUCCAGUGCCCCUAACCUGCGGGAAUUAGCCCGAGCCCAGCGUAAAAAGACCACCUCCCCCAGGAGGUGGUCUAAAAGAGACGAGUUGCUCUCAAUGCCGGCAGUAAAGCGGUUUUCAGUGUCAUAUGCCAGGCAUCCGAGUAAUGGGUUUGAAGGCUGCUCCAUGGUGCCCUCUAUCUACCCGCUGGAGACACUGCACAACUCUCUCUCACUGAAGCAGGUGGACGAGUUCCUCAACAAAGUGUGUGAAAGCAGGAGUGAGACACUCACCAAGACUUUGAAAUCUAUGUCGACCGUGUUUGACUCCCAGAUUCAACCCUCUACAGAGCCUGAGAAUCCAGAGAGGUCCAGUUCUUGUCAGGCUCCUCCACCACAACAGCAGCAAUCUCCUUACUGGUACACCGGUGGUCCCCCUAGCACUGUGUCCAGUUCGGAACGUUCAUCUCCAGUGGCAGGAGAGUCUUCAUCAAACUUUGGUUUCAACAACGAAUAGACCCUGCAAGCUGCAACUGCAUUAAUCUCACAUCACCUCUUUAUACUCAUCUGAGAUCAGCUUUGCAUUGUUUUUCAUGGGUGAAGCAAAUUCCAAGGGAUAGUGUCUUCAUGAAGCCCACAUUGAGGCUGCUGAUUGCACUUGCUGUAUUUCUUCCAGUAAUAUAGAGCCUCUUUGGCUUCAGAACAAGAGCAUUACUUGGCCUGUCAGCCAUCAAAGAAAGAGCACUGAAUCCAGUAAUUAGUUAGCACUGCUAUACCUCUGUGCCCAAAGUACUGAGAUCUUAAUUAUAGUCCAUUUUGAGCAGUAUGAAGAUAAGGGGACUGGAAUACACACUAGUAAUUGUCCCUUCUCUCAGCUGAUUACACUUAUCACAUCCCCACUUGCAGCAGAGUGGUUUCAUUGGAGAAUAUAACGUCGCUCUGAGCCAAGUAACACUCAAAAGAUGUGGGUAAACCAAUCACAGCACAGUGCUGUUGAGCUUAGAGAGGCUGUGUGGAGGUGUUGAUGUCUCCUACUUUAGCACUCGCAUACUGAGUCAUAAUGCCAGUCAGUACAUGAAAGCAGAAAGUCUGCUAUAGCCAGUUGAUGAAGCACAAUUUUUUAAAUCACUGCCUCUGUAUUCUAUGGGGUUUAACUUUUAAUGUUGGGGUUUAUUUUUUUAGUGUAGAAUUACAAAACCUGUUUUAAUGAGAGAGGAAGACUUGAAAUGGACAAAUUAAAUUAUUCAUAAGGUAUGAUCAUAUGUGAAAAAUGUAUUUUGGGUAACAACAGUGCCUUAGCCAUUUUUUUGGCUUGUUUUUCUCUUGAAACAGGCAGUUCAUAUAUAAACCUCUUCAGAAUAUAUUGAAGCGCUCUGGUAGUGUCCUUGAGGGCUAGUCAAGAAUGUUUAAAUAUUUGUGAUCUACUGUUCCUGCCAAAGAAUGACUGUGUUCUAAUUGAAUGUGUUUCAUUUUAGAGAUUUCCAAGAUGAUAUAUUUUUAUUAAUAAAAUUGCGUGUAAAGAUUAUAAU